CUCCUCCCACACACACUACAGUGGCCACGCCCACGCUCACCCCCACCAGCUUGUCACUCUCCCUCCCCGUGACGUCACCAUCAUGGCAACAACAGCUGCGGCGGCCGCAGCAAGAGCAGUGCGCGGAGGUAUCGUCAGCCCGGCCCGGCGGGAGUGUGACUUGGAGCUGGAGCACCAGUGCGGGGGCGAGCCCACAGCAUGAGGCUCCCGGUAGCGGCUGAGCGGUAUCCUACACGUGACGCGGGGCGCUGCUGAGACCCGACGAGGGGGGAGCGGAGGGCCCGCUGCAGGAGCACCUCUGUACCGAUCUUCCCUAGACUGGUGUAUGACGGAAGCCAUGAUCCGUGCGCGCCCGGUGCCCGGACAGCUGUGAUCACAUGGCCUGUGUAUAAUAGAGUCCAUGUUCCUUCCUGUGUGGGACAUAGCCUGCGGUGGACAGUGAGGACUGCUGGGGGUGUCCUCUACCCUCACCAAGAUGUUCUCCCUGCGCCUGGUGACUGCGGAUUACUACUUGGCUGCCCCGGUGCCCGGCCUGGAUGUAACCAGAUCCCAGUUCAGAGACUGCCCUGUAAGGAGGGUGCCCGUGGUCAGAGUGUUCGGGGCCACCCCUGCAGGUCAGAAGACGUGCCUGCAUCUUCAUGGUAUAUUUCCCUAUCUGUUUGUGCCAUAUGAUGGGUAUGGCCAGAAGGAUCCAGAUCGCUAUCUCAGGCAGGUGGCAUUCAGCAUUGACCGGGCGCUUAAUGUGGCCUUAGGCAAUCCGGCAGCCAACACUCAGCAUGUGUUCAAGAUCACGUUGGUUUCUGGAGUCCCCUUCUAUGGAUACCAUGAAAAAGAGAAACAGUUCAUGAAGAUCUAUCUGUUUAAUCCAUCUAUGGUAAAAAGAGUGAGCGAGCUGUUACAAGGUGGAGCUGUGAUGAAUAAGUGCUAUCAGCCCCAUGAAGCCCAUGUCCCCUAUCUUCUUCAGCUCUUCAUUGAUUACAACCUGUAUGGAAUGAACCUGAUCAAUCUUGCUGCUGUAAAGUUCCGGAGGGCACGGAGGAAAGGAGAUGUCUCACAAGAUAUGAAAGCACUUAAAGAUACCCUCCCAGGAAACUCCUUCAGUGCCACCUUGGUGCAGUGGGAGGAAGAUGAAAUCCCAAGCUCUUUAAUGUUGGAGGGAGUAGAACCCCAAAGUACCUGUGAGUUGGAAGUGGAUGCUGUAGCUGCCGAUGUCUUAAACCGCCAAGAAAUUGAGGCCCAGAUAGGAAAGAAUCCUGGUCUGCAGGCAAUAUGGGAAGAUGAGAAACAACGUCGUAGAGAGAAGCAGCAAUCCUCCCAAAUCUCUCCACCAGAUUCACAAGAUCGUGGAUUUAUUGCUGUGACAGAAAGUGAAAAAAUCUUUCAGAAAAGGCUCAAAGAAAUUCUAAAACAGAAUGACUUCUCAGUGUCAUUGUCUCACUCGAUGGACUGCAGCGGCAUGUCAGAAGAUAUCUCAGCGGAACUUACAUUGCAUUCACAGUUGGACUUAUCGGAGUCCAUUCCUUGCACUCCAGCUAACUUAGUGGAGGUUCACAGAGAUCUGCAGGAAAAAAUUGAGCCAUGCGAAGAUAAAGAAUAUACAGAUGCUGUGAUUGACGAAGAAGCCAUUUUAAACAUCAUGGAAUCUAGUCAAUGCUUCCAACCUAUGCCUCAGAGAUUGAGUCAGUCUCCUGUCUUCUUGGACAACAGUCAAGAUCAAGCCAUGUUAAAGUUGCUAGCUGGUCUAGAAGAUGAUGGCUAUCAAGUGGAUGUGUCAAGGCGGUUAUCACAGCACAGUUUGUCUGCAAGGUGCAAUGCCGUGCAGAAUAGUGAUGAUGAGGAGAAUGAGCCACAGGUGGAGAAGGAGGAGAUGGAGCUUAGCGUAUUAAUGUCCCAGAGAUGGGACAGCAACCUGGAAGAACGUGAUGGUAAAAGAAACCUUGGAAAGAACAGUAAUGAAAGCUCAUCAGAAGAGGAUGACUCCACAGACAAUGAAAUGGAGUGGAGUAGUAAUAAGAUGUUUCUAGCAGAUCUUUCUAUACCUCAGUUAGAUGGCACAGCUGAUGAAAACAGUGAUAAUGGCAUGAAUAAUGAAAGUACUUUAACCCACUCUUCUGUAAUUGCAAAGAGCAAAUUGUCAAUAAAAACCUCCAUCUUUCACAAAGAUGCUGCUUCCCUGGAGCCUCAAUCUUCUGCCAAAACCGCAUUCCAGUGUCAGCAAACAAGUGCCCUUUCAUCUCCUCAUGUGUUAAAAAAAGAGGGUUUAAUUGACGAUCUCCCCCAGUCACCUGUGGAAAAGGGAACUGAACUUUCCGUCCACAACUUCACAAAUGAUAGCACUUACAGUAUAAAAUAUCCAGCACCGUUUAACAAUUCUGCACAUUCAGAAAUCCUACAUAAAGAAGCAGCUAUGAAUGACAUUGUCUCUAUUCCAGCAAGUGACAAGAAUGUCUAUGAGGAUGGGAUUUCCUCAGUGAAUAGACAUCUGCAGUGCAGGAAAUUCGCCAGCAUUAGGAAAGAAAAGGAUGCUGCUUCCUUUUUGCAUUUGAACCGGCAUGGUAGUGAAGGUACUUUGGACAGAACUCACAGAAAUUUCACAGACCUGAGUAGUAACAAAACUAAAAAAACUGCCGACACAAGUGAUAAAUGUAAUAUUCCCCCAAACAGCUUUGCUCAUGCAGCCUUAACUGAAAAUUGUGAUAGGACUGUAAUUGCUGAUAUCAAUGAAGGUAGCCUUAAUAAAAUGAAGGUACGAUAUGAAGAAUUUCAUGAACAUAAAGCUGAAGUGACCAGUGCUAACCAGCAGGUGACCCACUACAAGUUUUUUCCCAGUGUUGUUCUUUCAAACUGUUUGAACCGGCCACAGAAAGCUACUGCAAUGUCUUGCAAAAGUCAGCAGCCUAAGAAACCAUCAAGAUUAAAGCUCUCGAAGAAGAUGAAAGGUGCUGUGAGUAAAGAUCAGGCAAAUGUUGUAGGGGAAGCGGAUCGGCAAGAAGAUCAAAUACACGAUAGAAAAAGUGAUCUUGAACAAGACCAGCAGCACUCAAUACAAGAUAUUACGGACCCUUCUGAUGCCCAUGGCUCUGUCAAUUUUAAUAACAUAGAACUGGUAAAAGACAGUAGUUAUGCUCCAGGUAAUGCCUGUAGUAAAAGUCCUCCUGAUGUUGACAGGGUACCUUCCUGUGACAUUGCUGUCAUGAUGGAAGAUGGAGCAUUUCAAGGAAACACGUGUGAAGUGAAUAGCUUUGAAUGUCAAUUUGAAGAGGGCAAUGCAGAUUCUGACCCUUCAUCAGCACUUUAUGGAAAUAAAUAUACUUUAAGGGCAAAAAGGAAAGUCAAUUUUGAAAGCGAAGAUGGGGAGGCAAGCCUUGGAGCAAGCAACUUAAAAGUUAAUCUACCUCAGUCUGUUGAAGCCAAUGAAUAUGCAAGUAGUCCUCAAAAGUCACGCAAACGUAGAAAGGUAUCGAAUAAGCUACCACCAGUAAUUAUAAAAUAUAUAAUCAUUAACAGAUUUAAAGGCAGAAAAAAUAUGCAGAUAAAAUUAGAAAAGUUAGAUCAUAGUGAAGAUUGUGUAACGUUAACAGAAGAAAAACUUAAGUUCUAUGAUAAAAUGGCUCCUUUAAAAGAUUUCUGGCCCAAAGUGCCAGAUUCUCCUGCUACCAAAUAUCCACUAUACCCUGUAGUACCAAAGAAGAAUAAUAAGAGAAAAGCAAAACCGAAAUCUACUAAGAAAAAGCCUAGCAAGGUCUCAAAGAUGGAGGGUGAAAUCCUUAGUCGACCCCUACCUCCACGUAGAAAAAAACCUUGUACUUUUCUUACACCUCCGAUGCCAUCGUAUAAUGUUGAAACAGAGGAUUGUGAUACAGACUACAAGGAUGUUAUGUCAAAAUUAGGCUUUCUUACUGAAAGAAGUCCAAGCCCAAUACACAUGUCACCUCCACGUUGCUGGUCACCAACAGACCCCCAAGCGGAAGAGCUGAAGAGAAGUCCUGUUGAACAGACUCCUCUUUUUAAAACAUUUUCCUUAAUCGCAGGGAAGAAAGAAGUUGUUUGUCCUAAAAAACGGCAGCGAAGAGCUCAAACAAACAAAACAAAGAGAAAGAUCCCUUUAAGCCCAUCCACAGUGAACAGACCUGGAAACCAAAUGAAUCAGCUUGAGUCAGUGAAAGACGGUAAAAAAGAAAAGGGGAAACCUAGGCAGAAAAAAAGUGAAAAGGCACCAAGAAAACAUACAAAAAUUAAAGACAGAGGUAAGAAAGCAGUUAUUGAAAAAUCUGGAUUAGAAACAUUGGAUCAAAAUCAAUCUGGUAACCAGGUAAAUGAAACCACAAAAUCAGCAACUGAUACUCAGUUAUCAGACUUUACUUUGUUUUCUACUCAACAUGUACAUUCUACUCAGUUCUCAUCUUCAUACAAACAGGAAGACUUACAGGGAAGCACACAAUCUUUUAUUGGUACAACCACUUCUAGCUCCCAGAACAAUGCCAGUGUCCAAAAGGAGACUAGUGUUUCAUCAUCACCGCUGCCAUUAAAUCAAGGCAUAGAGUCAUUCAAGAUAAAUAACACAAAAGUACCAGUCCCAAAUGUGUUUCAGUCAAAAAACACAACUCAAAAUCUGAUCUCGAGUUCUGUUAGUCGUCCCUCUCAGGUAAUACAAAAUGCACAAUUUACCUUAAAGUGUACUCCUUUUACUCAAGAGGAGGAUCCCACAGAAGUGCAGAAAAGGCUUUUAGCAUCUGUUGUGAAAUUACGGGACUCUCAAAGUGUACCUGAUGCUAUGCUUUUUGAGAAGUUGCAAUCUAAACUUUUACCUUGCACGAUGAACAGUCAGCAACAGGUAACAAGUAGCCAAGAUCAGAGUAAACAAAGUGACUUAAACUCUUCUUCAGAAAGUCACUUACCUCGAAGUUCUUUGGUGACGUCUCUAAGAAGCCCUAUCAAAAUGGCAACUUGGGAACCAAAAGGGGAUUUGUUUGAUGGAACCCAGUUUACUCCUCAUAAAUUUAAUCAAAACUGUUUGCCUGACAUUUUUUCUUGCACAAAAACACUUCAGAACACUAUAAAAACAAGUACAUCACCGGGAGUCUUGGAUGCACAUUGUGGAAUCGCCGUCUUGAAGGAAUUGCUUCACAAAAAGCAAGAGAAAGAAAAGGCAACUGCAUUAGAAGAGUCCAGCCCUAAACUCAAAGGGGGUCAAUCUUCUCAGAUUGACCCAAAGUGUACUAAUAAAAAGUCACAGUGCUCAACAGCCAACAAAAAACCAAGAGCUCCUCGUAUCACAAAGCCGAAAGCUCCCAAAAAUGUUAAAACUGUAUUGGUUAAAAAUCAGGCCGAUCGCCAUAUUAAGAGCUUAGCGUCAGAUGGAAGUCCUGCAAUUUUUGCAGACCCUGAUUUUGAAAGCUGCUAUUCACUUGAAGAUAGUUUAUCUCCUGAGCAUAACUACAAUUUUGAUAUUAAUGCUGUAGGGCAAACAGGCCUUUGCAGUUUAUAUACAGGGAGCCAGUUCAUCCCUGCUGAUCAAAAUUUGCCUCAGAAGUUUUUGAGUGAUCCUUGUCCUACAAGUGCCACAGAUAAUGAGCGUAUAAAACAGGAGAUUAAACAGAUGGAACCUACAAAUGUCCGUAGUGCUUCAGAACAAAAAGUGCUUUUGAGACCUAGCUCCCUUAGCCCUGACAUGUUUGAAAAAUCUUUCACCAACAAUAAACAAAGCCCUCAUGGUUACCAACUUAAAAAUGGAUUACUUGUUCCAAGUUUUCAUUAUCCACCAUCAGUAGAUGGAAGAUUUACCCAGCAUACCGAAGAUUUAGAGAAUAAUAAAUGUAAGCUUGGUAGCCAAGAGCUUUUUAGAAAUGCCUCCUUUAAUACAGCACAAUCUGAAUGGAUUCAUACAGAUGUAAUUAAUAAGACUAGGGACAACCAAUCUGUUUCCAGUUCAUCUUUUACUGGACUUGCUUCCUCCCCUGAAAUUGAUUUUAUGGAUGGAGACUUAGAACUAUACAUUUCAAGACAUGGUGGCGGAUUGACGCCCACACCGGACAGCUCACCAAGAUCAAUGAGUUCUCCUUCUCAGUCCAAGAAUGGGAGUGCUACACCUCGACCAGUACAUAUUUUAAAGCCGCUCAUGUCUCCACCUAGCCGGGAAGAAAUCAUGGCAACUCUAAUGGAUCAUGACCUGAUGGAAACUGUUUAUCAGGAACCAUUCUUCAGUAACCCUUCUGAUGCUCCAGAAAAACCAAGAGAGGUUGGAGGUCGUGUUCUCACCGUUGAGACAAAACUAGCAAAUAAUCUUCCUGAGUUUGAAGGGGAUUUUCUAAUGGAGGGACUAAGACUGUGGAAGACUGCCUUUUCAGCAAUGACGCAAAACCCUAGGCCAGUAUCACCCACUCGAAUGAACAGAUUGCUCAUGGAGCAAGAGAAACAUAAAGUGAAUCCUGAUGAUGAUAAAAAGCUGGUGAUCAUGCCCUGUAAAAUUGCACCUGCUCCCGAGAGGGUUCAACUAUGGCUGCAGGCAAAAGAACUGUAUGAGUCCUCUAAGACAUCAAGUAAAGUUCCUUUAAUUGAAGAGACAAUUAAUGAUAAAAAUAUCAAGACUACUUCAGUUCCCAGUGGCUGCAAUAGCUUGCCUCCAAAGGAGGUACAGAUUUUAUUAGCACAGCCUGCAAGUUCAGUGGAUCAGCCAGAGAAUGGAGAAAAAGUAAAGAUCCAUAUAGCCAGCCCCCCUACUUCCCUUCUGGGUUCAGACUGCAGUGAAGUUGAAGGGUUAACUGAUUCACCCCUUGUAGAAAUUAAUAUUGAAUCAAACGAAAAGACUAAUGAAAAUGAUAUGUCUGAUAGUUCCGUAUCACCAGCAUCUCCAGUCUUAACACCAUGGAAGAACCUUGAAUGUCCGGAUCAUAAACCAUCUCCUGAGGACUGCAAGGACUGGGUAGAGGAGAAUAUGAUUUUAUCCCCAAAUGAUGAGCACAUGGAAGAUGACUCAAAGGAGACUGUGAAAAGUGAAAUUAUAGUAUCAACACCUUCCCCUCCUCCACUAAAACAAAAAAGGCACAAAUCUAAACAUGUUUGUCUACAUAGUACACCAGUUAUUGAAAGGAGGCUCGGAACAGCAUCUCCUGAAUUGAUAUCGCUUACUCCAGUACCAUCGGAAGUUCGAUUUCAAAAGAGUCAGAGAAGAGGCGCAAACCCAGAUAAACUUCGGCGAGUUCUACUAACUACUCAAUUAAAGAAUCAGUUUGCUGCCAUGGCUGAUGUGAAGAAAGAAAGUUCUCAGAUUGAGGGUCCUUCUCUGAAUAACUCUUAUGGCUUCAAAGUCAGCGCACAAAACUUACAAGAUGCAAAGGCCCUGCAUGAAGUGCAGCAUCUGACACUCAUGUGCAUGGAGUUACAUGCAAGAACUAGACGAGAUUUGGAACCAGAUCCUGAAUUUGACCCAAUCUGUGCUUUAUUUUACUGUCUGUCAUCAGACUAUCCACUGUCAGACAGUGACAAGAAAGAAUUGACGGGUGCAAUUGUGAUUGCACAAGAAACACCUACUGAUAAAGAUGCCAGAGAACCCUUACUUACUAGAUCUGGAGUCACCAGCUUCCAAACAACAUAUGUUACGGAUGAAAAACAACUUUUUGAGCAAAUGAUCAUCUUAAUGAGGAGGUAUGACCCCGAUAUUUUGCUAGGAUAUGAAGUCCAGAUGCACUCAUGGGGUUAUCUUUUACAGAGGGCAUCCGCCCUCAAUGUUGAUCUCUGCCAGCAAAUGUCCAGAAUACCUGCGGAUGAAAAUGAAAACCGAUUUUCUACCGACAAAGAUGAAUAUGGUGCUGAAACUAUGAGUGAGAUAAAUAUAGUUGGCCGAAUUAUAUUAAAUGUUUGGAGGAUGAUGAGACCUGAGGUUGCUCUGACGAAUUAUACAUUUGAAAACGUGGUCUUCCAUGUUCUUCACCAGAGGUUUCCACUUUUUACCUUUCGAACUUUAUCAGAUUGGUUUGACCAAAAAACUGAUGUUUACAGAUGGAGGAUGAUUGACCACUACAUGAGCAGGGUGCGUGGAUCACUUCAGUUACUGGAACACUUAGACUUGAUUGGAAGAACUAGCGAACUAGCAAGACUCUUUGGAAUUCAGUUUUUGCAUGUCCUAACUAGAGGAUCACAGUACCGAGUUGAAUCAAUGAUGCUCCGCAUUGCUAAACCAAUGAAUUAUAUCCCAGUAACUCCGAGUGUCCAACAGCGAGCUCAGAUGAGAGCCCCGCAGUGCAUACCACUUGUGAUGGAGCCAGAGUCCAAAUUCUACAGCAAUUCCAUAUUAGUGCUAGACUUUCAGUCUUUGUACCCUUCCAUAGUGAUUGCUUACAAUUACUGCUACUCAACUUGUCUGGGGAACAUUGAGAACCUGGGAAAGUGUGAAGAGUUAAAAUUUGGCUGCACAUCUUUGCAUGUUCCUCCAGACCUCUUGUACCAGCUACGACAUGAUGUUACAGUAUCCCCUAAUGGAGUUGCAUUUGUUAAGGCCUCUGUCAGAAAGGGGGUACUGCCAAGAAUGCUUGAAGAGAUUUUGAAGACCCGGAUAAUGGUGAAACAGUCCAUGAAAGAAUAUAAACAAGACAGAAGCCUUACUCGCCUGCUUGAUGCCCGACAACUUGGACUGAAAUUAAUUGCCAAUGUCACGUUUGGCUAUACUGCUGCUAACUUCUCUGGGAGAAUGCCCUGCGUAGAGAUUGGAGACAGUAUUGUCCAUAAAGCACGAGAGACUUUGGAACGUGCAAUAAAACUUGUGAAUGACACACAGAAAUGGGGAGCCAGAGUUGUUUAUGGUGAUACUGACAGUAUGUUUGUGCUGCUUAAGGGGGCAACUAAGGAACAGUCCUUCAAAAUAGGGCAAGAAAUUGCUGAAGCUGUCACUGCCACAAACCCAAAGCCAGUGAAGCUGAAGUUUGAGAAGGUGUAUCUUCCCUGUGUUUUGCAAACCAAGAAGAGAUAUGUGGGUUAUAUGUAUGAAACCCUUGACCAGAAGGAUCCAGUUUUUGAUGCAAAAGGCAUAGAGACUGUACGAAGAGAUGCCUGUCCUGCUGUUGGUAAGAUACUUGAACGUUCAAUUAAGCUGCUAUUUGAAACAAGAGAUAUAAGUCAAAUCAAGCAGUAUGUCCAGAGACAGUGUAUGAAGCUUUUGGAGGGGAAAGCCAGCAUUCAAGAUCUUAUCUUUGCCAAGGAAUACAGAGGAAGCUUUGCUUAUAGACCAGGAGCUUGUGUGCCAGCGCUGGAACUUACAAGGAAAAUGGUAGCAUAUGAUCGUCGCUCUGAACCACGCGUUGGAGAGAGAGUGCCAUAUGUGAUUGUGUACGGGACACCUGGAGUACCCCUUAUUCAGCUUGUAAGACGGCCUAUUGAUGUCCUCCAAGACCAUAAUCUAAGACUAAAUGCAACUUACUACAUCACUAAGCAAAUACUUCCACCACUCAACAGAAUCUUUUCUCUCAUUGGAGUGGAUGUAUUCAAUUGGUACGACGAAUUGCCAAGGAUCCAGAAGGCAUACUCUACAUACUCCACAAUGCGACAUGAGAUGGAUGCAAGGAAAGGCACAAUCUCUCAAUAUUUCACAACUUUGCAUUGCCCUAUAUGUGAUGAACUGACACAACAUGGGAUCUGUAGUAAAUGUAGGAGUCAGCCACAACAUGUAGUAGUGAUUCUCAAUCAAGAAAUUCGUGAAUUGGAGUACAGACAAGACCAGCUAGUCAAGUUAUGCAAGAAUUGCACAGGCUGCUGUGACCAACAGAUCCAAUGUGUUUCCCUCAACUGUCCAGUACUUUUCAAGCUCUCCCGAGUGAGCCGGGAACUUUCUAAGGCUCCCUAUCUACGUCAGCUCCUUGACCAGUUUUGAAUUGCGUUGAGAGGUGACCGGUGCUAUAUCUUUGCGUGUUUAUCACACUACAGACUAUUGUGCAUGGUGCUGUUUUAGAUUGCAUUGCUUUCAUGAUUUUUUUUUAUUUGUUUAAUAUUACUAUUAUUCAGAGUAACACUCAUCUCCAUCAGUGCUGGGGGUUAACCUAUGUAUUGCUAUCUUUCUACAAUGUACAAAGUAUUUUUCCUUUUAUUUCAACUUUGUAACAUACAGUUUUAUAAUGCAGGUGUUUGAAAAAGCUAGAGGAAUCAUUGUGUAAAUGCAUUUCUUACAAUAAGUAUUGGUUACUUCCAUGGUACACUGCCUAGGAAGGAGCACUGAAAUCUUGACUAGCAGAAUGCACCUCUCUUGAUACAUCAGUAUCAGACCUCGGUUCAAUUCUAGAGCACCCAUAUUAUUUCUAAGUUUAAGUGCAAAAUAUUUUGUAAAUAGACCUUUUUUUACUUUUGAAACAACUGAGUAAAAUAAUGUGCAAUGGGAUUUUAUACAGUUGGUCAGUGUGUGUCCUCCAUGUUUUGCUCCGCUCAUAUGACAUCUUUUAUUAUUUUUGAUCAGAAUGUGCAAAUAGUAUUUCUGUGUAGCAUUUCAGAUUUGUCAUUUUCUUAUAAAAGAGUAAAAAAAGAAAAUAAAAAAAAUCUAUAUUGCUGUCUUGCUUUAGCUGUAAUGGGGCAUUGUGAGGAACUGUGCAAAGACCUUUUUGUUAUAAAAAUGUGGGACUGUUGCAAUACUUUAAAUAUUUUAUUUCAUGUUGCUUGUUUUGUAUAGACAUUUCUAUGGUUUCUAAAUAUGCUUAUAAUAUUUUUCUUUUCUUAUGUACAGUUAAAUCUUAUUUGCCAUCAUCCUGAACACAGUGUAUUUAGAUUAUUUGUAUAACUGUAUAAAAUUUAAAAAAAGAAGGAAUUAUGUGGUCAGUGUAUCGUUUUCUAAACUGGAAAUCGUUUGAAAAGUUAAAAUGAAAACAAUAUUAAAAACUAAUAAAAUAUAUAAUAUUGUGA